UUUUUCUUCUCUGCGUAUGUUUGUGCCAAGUAUAGGUUUCUCCUACUUCAACUUUUUGUUUACUCUGUUAAGUGACUGGUUGACUCAGAAUGUGAAUAUCACAACCCUACUAAGUUUGGGAUCUAUGGAAACUUGGUGUUCCAAACAUGACAUCAGUUGAAAUUUUAGUUGACAUUGGAUACUUUGAACGGAAACUUACGGGAGCUAAGAAUUUUUAAUGGGUUAGUAGUUGAUGGAAUGUCAGCGUCGAUGCAACAAACCAUUGGGAUUCAUCAAUCUGCAUCAUUUAUGACAAUAUUAAAAUAUUCAUGUGCCUACCAAGAUCCCAACAUAUUGCACAUUUGUACGUGCCUGCAUACAGUGUAACUUUGACACAGUAUUUGACCAUAGGCUUCCGAUCCUUGUGGUGAUGGAGCUUGGAAAAUUAUGAGAAAGAUGGGUUAUGAACAAGGUCGAGGUUUGGGUAUCAAUGCACAGGGUGUAAUUGAACCUGUUGCAUUAAGUAAACAAAAAGGCAGAAGUGGUCUUGGCUUAGGAAGCAAAUGUAAACAAGUUGAACCAUUUUCAGGCGUUCUAUAUCAAUCUACUGAUCCAAAUCUAGUUUGGCAUGAAGGUUGUGAUGAAGCAUCAGCUGAUGGAGAUCUUAUUUGGACAUGGUCAAUAAAAAAGGAAGUAUGCACUGUAUCACGAUUGAAUUCGUUGAUUAUUCCUCCAGAUGAAGCAAAAGCCUUAGGUCCUCCUAUUGAAGAAAUGGAAAGUCAGAAUAAAUUCUGUUCACCUACUCUUGUUCAUGAAGUUAUUACUUAUAAGAAUCAAUUAGAUCAUCUAUCGAAGGCAAUAGUCACUGAAAGUCAUGAACGUUGUAAUCCUUAUGAAAUGAUUAAAAAAGGCAUUUUUAUGAACAGAGCUGCAAUGAAAAUGGCUAAUAUAGACUCAAUAUUUGGUGGUAUGUUUACAACUGCCGCUCAUAGAAAGGACAUAUUAUAUUUUGCUGAUGUUUGUGCUGGACCUGGUGGCUUUUCAGAAUAUACUUUAUGGCGUAGAUGUAAUUCUCCAUAUCCUGUUCGUUCAUCACAAAAAUCUAGUGUAAAGGAUCCUGUUACUACUGACCAUCCUAAUGACAAUGUUGAUGAUGAUGAUAAUGAUGAUGACAGUCCAUCAGAAGACAAUGAUAAUUCUGAGAGUAAUCAAUUUGGAGAUCAUGAAAGCUGUAAACAGCGAAAACAAUCAUUAUUUACAGCUAAAGGAUUUGGAUUAACAUUGACUGGUUCAUGUGAUUUUCGAGAGAAUGAUUUUCUUGCUGGUCCCAGAGAAGCUUUUAUGGCGCAUUAUGGUCCUACACAUGAUGGUGAUAUAACUAAAUGGGUUAAUUUGGCAUCAUUUUCAUCAUUCAUUGGUCGUAGCACAAAUGGUGUUGGUGUUCAUAUUCUAAUGGCAGAUGGAGGUUUCGAUGUUUCCGGUCAACAUAAUCUACAAGAAGUCCUAUCUAAACAGAUUUAUUUAUGCCAGUGUUUAUGCGCAUUAAUCAAUUUGAGACCAGGUGGUCAUUUUCUAACAAAAUUAUUUGAUACACUAACUGAAUUCACCGCUGGUUUGAUUUAUCUUAUGGGACAUCUAUUUGAAGAGAUUUUCAUUGUAAAACCAGUGACAAGUAGACCAGCUAAUUCUGAAAGGUAUUUAGUAUGCAAGAAUCUACAAUCAUCAUUAUCAACAAUGGCUGGUUGUUUAUUACCACCUAAAUCAUGUGAAAUAAAUAAUUUUGAUUCAACGAAUGAUAAUACUAUUGAUCAAAAGUCAAGUUUUCGACAGAAACCACGUAAAUUUCCAGGUCAACAACAAUAUCAAACAUUAUCUAUGAAUAGUACUGGGAAUUAUGAUGAACAAGAUUUAGAGAAGAAAUAUGGUAUACUAAAUGAUAAACAUAAAUCUGAUCCACUUGGAUUAGUUAUCAAUCAUUUUUUACAAGUUAAUGAAAAGUUGAAUAAAUUAAUACUAUUGAAUAAUUCUAUUUCAACUAGCUCUAAGAUGGAUGUAUUAAAAUUAUGUCAAAGUGAAAUUAUUCAAUCAGAUCAAAAAUUUAUGCAGUUUAUGCAAAAUAUGAAUGAAGGGAUAGCUGAGCAUCAGUGUAUUGCCUUGUCUAAACUGAUUGCAUUUUCACAGAAUCAUAAUUUGAUUGAGGAUCGACAAGUUGAAUUGCAUAAAGCUUGUUUAGAAAAAUGGAAGGUCCCACUUGUAGAACGUCGACUUACCCCGUGGCCUCUAUUAUCCGCCAAUCGUUCAGUCAUCAUUCAUGGUUUAUUAGGAGAUAAGGAGAAAUUUAUAUCGCUUAAUAUGUUACCAUCAGAAUAUCGUCCUAAUAUUAGACUUACAUCGUUUAAUAAUACUCAUUUCAGUAAUUUAGAUGCUUUAAUUGGUAGUCGAAUUGCUUUAGUCUGUGGUAAUCCAUCAUUGACAUCAACUUCAGAACCAGCUCAGUCAAUGUUCAUUUAUUCACGUGGAAGUGGAGUUAUGGAUAUAUUUUGCACUACAGAUGGUGAUCGAUGGAAUAGAUUGGAUCAAGUGAUACCUAGGUUGAAACCUAGACUACCGCCUGGUACUUUGGUUUGGGGACAACCAGUUUAUGAAUAUGUUGUUAAGAAUGGAUUAAGAAAACAUGCCUUAUUUAUUUAUGAUGUUGUAUGCAUUUAUGGCCGUGAUUGUCGUAAAUUAGCGUAUAGAAAAAGAAUGCAGCUUGCUGAACAAAUGGCAAAUAUAGUGAAUUACCCUGAUAUGACAGCAUCAAAUGUUCGUGUCCCACCAUUUAUAAAAUUAUCUGAACUUGGUGAUUAUAUAAAGAAACUACCUCUUCUACCGUGUAAAGACUCUCCAACACUUGUACCUAUGCACUGUUUACCAAAUGGCUUCACAUUUCAACCUCAUUCUUUGUUAUUAGUUCAGCAUAUGGCAGAGAAUUGGGUGGAGGCAGUUAGUCGAAGUACUGGAAAGGUUUAUUACUUCAAUCGAUCAACUUCUGAGUCAACUUUUAGUUUACCUAAAAGUGAACAACUUACAUUCACUGAUACCUAUUACAUAAAACUGCUGUGGAAAUCAGAACAGAAGUAUUGUCCAACUGUUAUGACUUUGGUACAAUAUUUAGAACAAAUGACAAAUAUCUGUCAAUAAUUAGUUGAUUUUCAGAUUUUAUACUUUGCCCAUCCCCCCUUCCCCCUCCCACCAUCAUCAUCACCUUUCCAUGUCUGUAAUUUUUGAUGCCUGUCUCUUGAUAUAUAUAUAUAUA